GCCGGGGCGCACCCGGCGAGAGGCGGCAGCGGCGGGAGCGGCGGUGAUGGACGGGUCCGGGGAUCAGCCCCGAGGCGGGGGGCCCACCAGCUCUGAGCAGAUCAUGAAGACGGGGGCCCUUUUGCUUCAGGGUUUCAUCCAGGAUCGAGCAGGCCGCUUAGGGGGAGAGACGCCGGAGCUGGGGCUAGAGCAGGCCCCCCAAGAUGCGUCCACCAAGAAGCUGAGCGACUGUCUGAAGCGCAUCGGGGAUGAGCUAGAUAAUAACAUGGAACUACAGAGGAUGAUUGCAGCCGUGGACACGGACUCCCCCCGCGAGGUCUUUUUCCGGGUGGCCGCGGAGAUGUUCUCAGAUGGCAACUUCAACUGGGGUCGCGUGGUCGCCCUUUUCUACUUCGCUUGCAAACUGGUGCUGAAGGCCCUGUGUACCAAGGUCCCGGAGCUGAUCCGAACCAUCAUGGGCUGGACGCUGGACUUCCUGCGAGAGCGGCUGCUGGGCUGGAUCCAGGACCAGGGUGGUUGGGAUGGCCUCCUCUCCUACUUCGGGACCCCCACGUGGCAGACGGUGACGAUCUUCGUGGCCGGGGUGCUCACUGCCUCGCUCACCAUCUGGAAGAAGAUGGGUUAAGCCCAGCGCUGGCCUCGGACUGUCUUUUCUGCAUAAAUUAUGGCAUUUUUCCGGG